AUGACUGGACGUGGAAAAGGAGGCAAGGGUCUCGGCAAGGGUGGCGCCAAGCGUCACCGUAAGAUCUUGCGUGACAACAUCCAGGGCAUUACCAAACCCGCUAUCCGCCGUCUCGCCCGUCGUGGUGGUGUCAAGCGUAUCUCCGCCAUGAUCUACGAGGAGACCCGUGGUGUCCUCAAGUCCUUCCUCGAGUCGGUCAUCCGUGAUGCCGUCACCUACACGGAACACGCCAAGCGCAAGACCGUCACCUCACUCGAUGUCGUCUAUGCCCUCAAGCGCCAGGGCCGUACCCUCUACGGUUUCGGUGGCUAA